GGCAACAUUUGCGCAACACCGCAGAAGAGAAAAUACCAAAUUUUGAAUGAAAGUGCAACUAGUUUGAUAAACUUUAUUAUAUCUUAUCUUUCUUUUCAUUCUAUAUGUACUAAAACCUUAUUGAUAUAGUUUAAGAAUUUCAAUAAUAUACCAUAUACAAUAUUAAGGCAUCUGCUUCAAUCAUCUUUAAUCAUGAAACCAGAAGCCAUUGAGUUUGUGUUUGAUUGUUAUACGAGAGGACUGCAGCAAUCUGUUACUGAUGAUGUAGAUGGAGUCUCAUAUACCCGAAGACAGAAAGUAACGGGUUCUAUGUCAGGAGAUCCUGGAUUUGCAAACAAUGGAGUACUGAGUCAGAUGGAUUUUGCUGAACCUCAAGCAUGUGUACCACAAGAGCCUUUUCAUGCUCCAUUAGAACCACAAGAAGAAGUAUUAGCCAGAAACUUGGGUCGGCAAUUGAGUGAUAUGUCAGAUGAUUUUGAGAUGUCUGGUAAUAGACGUGCAUCGAUUUCCGAUGAUCAACCUCUUGUCCAAUUUGAGAGGCGUUGCAAGUUUGUAAAAUCAACAGAUGGUCAUGCAGAAAUUACAAUUGUUCGUUCUGGGAAUUCAGCAUCAGAGCUGACUGUCGCUUGGAGAACUAGAGGUAACACUGCAAGAGCUGACCUGCAUUAUGUGAAGGCUGAAGGAACCAUUUCAUUUCUGCCUAAUGAAACGCAAAAAGUUAUUAAAGUUCAGCUUCUUAGUGGCCAUGAAGAUAAUUAUAUUAACUUUAAGAUAGAUCUUUAUGAUUCAAGGCUUAUACGUCCUUAUGAAACAAUAAAUGUUAACAUAAACGACUAUGAAAAUUUAUCACGUGAAGAGCAAUUAACUAUUAAACACAUCAUUGGAGCGAGAAUUCCCUCUAUCCCUCAUGUGAUUAAUAAACUAUCAGAGAAUGUUACUAUUGAAACUUUCAAAACAGCUUUAUUAUGUGUAUGUGGAAAUGCAAAUUCUUUGCCUGUGGAAUUUCGAGCUGCAUUUGAAUUGCUGAAAUUUGCACUUCCGUUUGCGCCACGUGAGCACUUGAUGCCUUUUGUCACUCGAUAUUUUGAAACUGCUCCUGAACUGACGGAUAUGGAUAUAGUCCAAGAAGAUUCAAGCAUGGCUGUAGCUAAGGAAGAUUCUGGCUCCGAUACCUCUGAAAAUUCAAUGUUUAAUGAUUCAGAUAUAGAUUAAAUUUCUUAAUUCUUUAAAUGACUACAUUUAUCAUUUUUUAAAAUAAUAUUCGGGAUUCUUAAGCUAGGUAAAAUUUAAAGUAUAAUUUUUGAGAAUAUUACAUAAGUUUGAAAUUUUUGGUAUAUUGCUACUUGAUUAAACCCAAUAUAAAUCUUUAUUUUUUUAUUAAUUUAUAAUCUAGACAAAAAAGUAUUUUUUAUUAAUAGAAUAUUUUCAUAUUCUGACAAGGAAUCUUAUUCUCUUAAUUGUCUGUUGUGUAUGUUUUUAUGAAAUGAUUUUUCAGUGCAGAAUAUUUGUAAAUCUUACCCAAUGGAUUUUAAUUUUAACACUUUCUUUUUUGUUGUAAUCUAUUCUUCUGUUCAACCUAUUUUUAUUAAAAGUUUAUGUGAAAGUGUUUUCUUUCUCUCAAAAUGUGUUCACAGUAAAAAGUAUUUUUGAAAAUUCAUCGCUAAAUUAUUUGAUUCAACCAAUUUGCGUUAAUCCGAAUUUGAAUCAAUUUUAAAUCCGACUUUAUUUUUUAUUUAUAUAUGCUUUAUGAAUGAUAAGAUUUACUGUGCCAUUAAAAGAGAAACAUUUUCAUGUCAAUGUUACAUUAUUAAGUUUAUAGUUGUAUUGAAAUUUUAAUUUUGCCUUUCUGUUGAAUUAUAUGUUUUUUUUAAAUUAUUGAAAUCUCUUUUAAAAAAAACAAUUUUUGUUUGUUUUUUUAAAUUUUUAUAAUAAAAGAAAUGUGAUAUUUCAUAAACAGUGACUAUUAGUAUGUAUUUUGUAAAAUUAAAUAUUUUUGGCUGAUUUACCUAAUUGGAAAAAAUUUUAAUGUGCCUUUUACUGGACAAAACAGUAUGAUAGUUUCACUUAUGCUUUUGAAAUUAGAUUUUAAUAAGGCCUUCAAGUGUAAUUCUGUAAUUGCACUUGGUAAUUACAAAAUUUUAUAAUUAAAAUUGUGAAUAUUAAUCCAAUACUCUAUUGAGCAAAACAGAAAUUUUCCUAUCUUUCCAUUGAAUAAUAUGAAAUAAACUGAUUUUUCGAGGCAGGAAAGCUGCCAACUAAAAAUUUUUAAAAAACUAUGACUAUUAUUCAAAGGUUUAAAAUAUUUUGUUUGUGCAAUAUUUUGUUCAGACUUAGACAUUUUGUCUCAAACUAUUUGAAAUUUAGUUUUCAUUUAAUUAAUUUUAAGGAAUUUUAUUAAAAAAUAGCCAUGCAUAAAUGCUCGCGUUUUUUUGCAGUUUAUUUAAUGAAAAUCUUUUACAAAAUUAGAAAAGCUACUCAUGUGAUAGUUUUUUUAAGCAUAUUUCUAUUCCAUUUAUUUUGUUGAAUUUUAUUGCAUGAUUUUGAGUGUUUUUUGCUCAUGCUACAAACGUGACAAGUUAGCUGAAAUAUUAUAAUUUCACCUAAAAUAUUGUUUUAAAGAUUAUUUAACCUUUGCCAGUGCAGUCCAAUGGACAUAUUACUUUCCAAAAAGUUCAAGAAAUAAGUGUAAUAACAUAAAUAAGAGUAUUUAAUUUAUGCAGGUAUUGUGAUGAUAAAUUUACAAAAAAAAAAGAAGAUAUUUGAUUACAAUUUCAGUAUGUGACAUUAGUACUUAAUUUUAAUUAAGUUUUUUUGUUUGCUUUAGUUUAGUUGUUUUGAAUUUCAGUUCUAUGUGAAACAGUAGUAAUAUUUUGUAAUUAAUUAUUGUAUUCAAAUGAAAGAUUUUAUUCAAAUAUUUGAAUUAUGUGACACAAAAAAAAAGAUGUUUUAUAAUAAUUUAUAAAGAAAAUAAGUGCCUUCUGUCAAUUUGACAAGUUUAAUGUUUUUUUCAUUUAUUUCUACUUAAAUAUGUUUAUCUUUUUCAUAUCUCCUUGUAAUAUAUAUUUUUGAUUUUGCUGUACAAACUUUCUACCUUUUUUGGGAAAAAUGUUUUUAGUGGUUACUAAGCUUGUGUUUGCAUUUUUCUUUUUUGUAAAUUUGAUUUAAAGCAAUUCCCAUGUAAAUGAUUCAAAAGUUCAUUUGUAAGGCAUCUUUGCUCCAGCUCCUACGUUGUCAGACCUUUAACAUGUCAAAAAAAUAACCAAAAAUUCUCCAUGCUUUUAUUUUCAUUUGUCUAUCACUUUGUAAAACGUUUUGCUAAAAGCAUAGUCAUUGAUAGCCUUGUUUUAAAUGUUUUUAAUAACAAUUUGUAUUGAAUAUUUAUUCAUAAAUGGUUACAUUAUAUUUUGUAUAUCAACAAGCAAAAAAGAUUUUUAUACUGUUUUUAAUUUUCAUACCUGAUUAAAAAUUUUAUAAUUUUGUUAACAGUAGUUGUUUAAUGAAAAAAAAUCUCUCUCACAUUUGUUACAAUUCAAAUUUAGGGAUCAAAUCAAGUUAUUCAAUUAAAUUUUUGAACUGAGUCCAGAACUUCCUAUUGCAUACUAGUAAUGAAUUAAUUCAUUGUUGACUGAAAAUAAAAACCUCAUUUAAGGAA